GCGUCGCCGCCGCCGCCGCCGCCGCCGAUCCUCGGUCCCGAAGCAAAACGUAUACAUCGGCGAUAUUCGAACAAUUCGUUGCUGUGAGGAUUUUCGGCAAUUCUCCAGGAGCGUAAUCCUCUAUCCUGAUUGCGGCCCACGCGUUCGCGCUCCUCGCGUCCGGACUCUGACGCGUCGCGCGUUAUCGAUCCCUUCGGGGGCGGCCCGACGCCAUUGAAUCAACCUGGACCUGGAGACGGCAGAUAUUUUUCUUUCCCAUCUCACGCCGAUUUACAUCUCAUUGGACGAUCCGUCCACCCGUAUCCCUCCGAGGAUAGUCGUCUAAGGGAAUCUCGUCCAAGGACGCGCGUCCAUCAAUGUCACUGCAGAUUGUUUCUCUCGCUACCGAUCGAUGCGGUUGGUACACCGCGGGCCAUUCAUAUGGUCACGUGGAAAGCGUGCCUAAUUACAUAACAAGCAGACGCGACACGACGUUCGUCGUGCCACACCCCCUUCCGUGCGAAUUCUCGUCGCAUAAAUUUACAGAUUUCCCCACGAAUUUAAUUCGCUCUUUCAUCUUUCGUCCAACGAUCACGUUCGUCUCUCGGCGAACGCAGAGUCGUUAGUCCCAGGGUGGUUAGUCCUGCGCAAAUCAGUUCAGUUUGAGUUAUUUGCUUUCCGUCCUCACUUUGGCGUCUCGGAGAUACGACCAUUAAACACUAAUAAAAUUUAGAAUACAAGAUUUCAAAGUUGGAAUACAAUAAUGGUUGAUUACACUAGCAAUCAUCCACACAUUUUUCCAGAUGAAACGCAUUAACUAACAUGUUUACAGUCUGGAGAGAUUUUUUUCUGCGCAUAUACGCGCGGCAUGAUAGUUACCUGGUUCGAUGGAAGACUGACAGCUAGCAGGUGGUUGUUGGGAUGGGGAGGAGGGAAGAGAUCAGCUUUUCUAGCAAGAUUGUAAAACAAUAUACUUUUUGUUUGUCUAUUAUAUAUUUAUGAUAUAUUAGAAAUUUAGUUGCCAAACACAUUACUCAAGAUGACUGAGUAUUGGUUGAUAUCCGCGCCGGGAGACAAAACUUGUCAGCAGACAUGGGAGACUAUGAACAACUUGACUUCCAAGCAGCACUCCUUAUCAGUGAACUACAAAUUUCACAUCCCGGAUUUAAAGGUUGGAACGUUAGAUCAGUUGGUCGGCUUGUCAGACGAUCUGGGCAAGCUUGAUGGAUAUGUGGAGCAAGUAACGCGUAAGGUGGCGACAUAUCUGGGUGAGGUUUUGGAGGACCAGCGGGACAAACUGCACGAGAAUCUGAUGGCCAACAACAGUGAUCUGCCAUCAUAUAUAACUCGAUUCCAGUGGGACAUGGCUAAGUAUCCUAUCAAACAAUCUCUGAGGAACAUUGCGGAUAUUAUAAGCAAACAAGUGGGGCAAAUCGAUGCUGAUUUAAAAACUAAAUCUACAAUAUACAACAAUUUAAAAGGCAGCUUACAAAAUUUGGAGAAGAAACAGACGGGAAGUUUAUUAACACGAAAUUUAGCAGAUUUAGUGAAAAAAGAACACUUUAUCUUGGACAGCGAAUAUCUAACUACUUUGCUUGUAAUUGUACCAAGAUCCAGCUUUCAGGAAUGGUACGGUUGUUAUGAAAAAUUAACGGAUAUGAUCGUACCGCGUAGUACACAACUUAUUACUCAGGACUCAGAAUACGGAUUAUUUACGAUCACUUUAUUUAAAAAAGUAAUAGAUGAGUUUAAAUUGCAUGCUCGUGAAAAAAAGUUUAUUGUGCGAGAUUUUACAUAUAACGAAGAAGAAUUAGCAGCAGGAAAGAACGAAAUCACGAAGUUGGUAACUGACAAAAAGAAGCAAUUUGGUCCACUUGUCCGUUGGUUAAAAGUGAAUUUCAGUGAAUGUUUCUGCGCUUGGAUCCAUGUUAAAGCUUUGCGUGUAUUUGUUGAGUCUGUUCUUAGAUAUGGUUUACCUGUCAAUUUUCAAGCAAUAUUACUGCAUCCACAUAAGAAAUGUGCAAGGAGAUUACGCGACGCUUUAAAUCAACUUUAUGCCCACUUAGAUUCAUCCGCUACUGCUUCGACAGCACAUAAUCAGGACAAUGUGGAUAUACCAGGACUAGGUUUUGGCCAAAGCGAUUAUUUCCCGUAUGUCUAUUACAAGAUUAACGUGGAUAUGGUCGAUAAUAAGGUCUAAUCAUUAGAGCUUUUUUCCUCCCGAAUGUCAUACGUCCUUUUAUUUAUCCGGAUGAUAUAAUUCUAUUAUAUCAAUCUAGCGGCAGAUGCAUACAAGUCUUUUACUUGUAUUAAUAUACAAAAAGAAUACUUUUUUGCAUUUCCAGAAAACUUCUUUCUCUUAGCUAUUACGUCUAAUAAUUAUAAAUUCUAAUUUGCAAUCGAAAAAAGUUGUCAUGUAGUCUUUUCCAGAAAUAGUUAUUUUUCUAAAUUGAUAAAAAGUUGAAAUAAUGUAUAAACUGUAAUAUUACUCAGAACUGUGCAUAAUCGUUCGUGCAUUCCCUUAUACAUAUUUCCUCCCAAAUAUUAAACCUAAAACAAAGCAAAUGAAGUUAUAGAAGUUAUAGAAGAUAAUAAAUAUUAUAAAUUCUCAGGCAAUUACCAUUAAUCACAUGUUUUCGACUUAUAACUGAAUUUGGCAUUAAGUAUAACAACGAUUAAUUAUUUGAUUAUUUCUCGAUACUUGUAAACAGCGUAACAUAUUUUACACGUUAUAGCUCAUUUUAUAUGAAAUGCAUAACAGACUAUAAGCAUAAUACAAGAUCACUCGAUCAAUUACUACGUUUAUACAUUAAGUUUAGUAACAUCUGUAGAUACGAAACUGGCCAAUUAAAGAUAUUCUAUUUUUCAGAGGGAUACUCAUAAUUGGUCAGUUUUAUAACAUUGAUAUUAUAAUUUGGGCUUAAAUCGUAAUGUGUAAACAUAGUCAAUGAACAUCCAAAAUAAAUUCGUUAUAUUGAUUUACACAAGAUUAAAUAAGAUGCUCAUUGGAGAUUCGGCGGUCUUGUGCGAUGUUUGUUAUACUAUGCAUUUUAUGUAAAAUGAACUUAAUACAACAUAGAAAUACAUACUAUCUCCAGCAUGAGACCGGUCACUAUAUGAAAUCUAAAUUUAAGUUUAUUUGAAAUAUGUUAAAUAAUAUCGAUCAAAUUUAAGACUUAAAAGACUUAAAACCUCUCCAAACAAAUAUUUAUAUUACUUACAUUUAAUUUUAAACAAUGAAAUUUUUAUCGAUGAAAAAGUGAAGGAUAUGUAUAAAAAUGUUUUAGAAAAAAACUUUCAUGUAUUUUGUAAUUGCACAUGUAUUUGGAUUAUUCAAAAAUUUAAUAUUUUUCAAAGUAUUCUUAUUUCUCAUAGCUUUGAGUUGUUUUAUCUCUUAAAUUGGGCCGAUAUAAGAAUUAUGUGUUUCUUGGAUUUUUGUAUUUAUUUUAAUGGGAAUAUGAUCUACAAUGCAAUUAAUUCUCUCUGUUCUGUUGUACACAAAGUUAAAGUGCUGAUCUUUUUAUUAAUAUGUAAGAGAUCAAGACUUAUGAAUAAGAAAUGCAUACAUAUACCUUGUUACAUCUUGUAAAGAACAUUCACACCAAGUGUGUCAUGUGAAUAUUUGACAAAGCGAAUUGUUAACCACAGUUUAGAAAAAAUGGAUAUCUUAUUAUUGAAUAUUAAGACAAGAUUCGAAUCAUGUAUUCUUAUAAUAUUUUAUUGUUUCAAAUUUAUGGACUACAAGAAUAAAUUUCAUAUGUGCGUGUAAUAUGCAGAUUAUAUUAUGUAUUGUCUACAUGGAAAACUGAUUGCGGUAUUAUCAUGAAAGUCUAAGAAUUUUAAUCAUACUACCAUUUAAUUUACAUACAUAUUACAAUCAUUACCGUUUAGCGUUCAAAUAUUUUAACAGAUUAAAGAUAUCUUAUACUAAUAUCGAAUUUAUCGAGAAAACAAUUAAGUAGUAAAGACCGGCUUUUAAAUCUUUAUUUUAUAAAAUUCGAGUUCCAUUUUUUUAAUAUUAUCAAAUAUAUAAAAUAUUUAUUAUUGAUUGUAAUUACUCGAAAAGACAAACGUUUUUUAAUCAGUUGUUCCAUUUAUAAAUCAAAUUUAGUUAUUUUUUAGUUGGCACCGUUAUAAAUUGCACAAAAUAAAUCUUUUAUGAAUAUAUUAUAUUACAAACAUAUAUCAUGAAGAUAUAUUUUUUGAAGAAAUUUCGUAUUAAAACAAGCUUAAUUUUUCACACUGAUGUAAAUGCUUGUACAUAAGAAAAAUCCGUGUAUAGUAUCCAUGGUUUCAUAUUAUUAUAAAUAUUACUUUGAGUUGCGAAAUCAUUGUAAAAUGCAGACCAAUGUACAAUGUUUUAAUUAAGUUAAAUCAUAUUAAAUACGGAAAUCGAUGACAAUACUGAUUAAUGUUGUCUGGCAUGUAAUAAAAUGGAAGGAAUUAUAUAUAUAUUGGCAGUUCAAUUAUGUAGAUACUAGAUGUUUAAAGAAAUGAUCAGUCAAUUGACUUUUGCGAAUUGUAUAGGUAAAUGUAAUUGUGUAGAUAAUAAAUAUUAAGUUUAAUUGUC